AUGGCUGCGAGCCGAUUGCAGCGUUGGGCGAUUACGGUAUCCGCUUACUCUUAUGACAUAGAGUACGUUAGUAGUAAACAGAACUGUGCGGAUGGCUUAUCUCGUCUACCGGUAUCGGUUCAAUCCACAAAGAAAGAAUGUUUAGAUUUACCUGAACAAACGUAUUUACAUUUCGCUCAAAGUGAAAUGUUACUAGAUUAUAAUGAAAUUAAAAAACAAACCCAGCGCGAUCCGAUUUUAGGUAGAAUUAUACUAUACUUAAGAGAAGAUUGGCCCAUCGAUAAUGAGGUCAAAUCAUUGCAACCGUAUUUUAACCGAAAAAAGGAACUAUACGAAGAACUAGGGUGUAUCAUGUGGGGUCAUAGAGUAGUCAUACCGGAGAAUUGCAGGGGUAGGGUGUUAAACGAACUCCACGAAUGCCACAUGGGAAUCGUCAAAACGAAGGCGGUAGCUCGAAGCUAUGUGUGGUGGCCGGGGAUCGAUGAGGCAAUCGAAACGAUGUGUCGAGCGUGCGUCGUGUGUGCGGCCGAGGCGGACGCGCCCCAACGGCACACUCCAAGCCCGUGGCCAUGGCCGGCUAAGCCUUGGUCUCGUAUACACAUAGAUUUUUUAGGGCCAAUUUUCAAUAAAAUUUACUUGGUAAUAAUUGAUGCCAGAACUAAAUGGCUAGAGGUUUUUUAUGUACCGAGUACAACAGCUAGCCACACUAUAGUUAAACUUUCCGAAGUUUUUGCUAGGUGGGGUCUACCUAAACAAUUAGUAUCAGACAAUGGGCCGCCAUUUAUCAGUAGGGAAUUUUCUCAGUUUUUAACAAAUAAUGGGAUACAGCAUGUUUUCACCGCACCGUACCACCCGGCUUCAAACGGUGCCGCGGAAAACGCAGUCCGCACUGUCAAGAAAGUUAUUAAAAAGGCAGUGAGGGAAAAUAAAGAUAUAAAUUUAUUUUUAAACACUUUCCUAUUGCAUUAUCGAAAUACCGAACAUUGUACUACGGGCGAAAGUCCCGCUUCUCUCAUGUUAGGAAGAAGAUUACGUACUAAACUAGACGUACUUAGACCGGAUAUUGAGAAUAAAAUUAUUAAAACUCAAAUAAACCAGAAAGAGAACGCUCCCACUGGUGAACGUGGCCUGCAGCCGGGUGAGGAUGUAUGGCUUCGCCGAUAUCAGGGGAGUGACAAGUGGACAGCCGGACAAGUGACGCAACGUUUGGGCGUAACGGACUACAAAGUUUUAGACACUAUAGGUAAGGAGUCACAUAAGCAUAUAGACCAGCUAAAACGUAGAAUUAGGAGUUCACUGAUUUGUCCCCGUAGUAGUAAUAGUCAGCCAAAUUCGAGUUCCGAGUCGUUGUCUUGCACCGGUGCAGAGGAAAUUAAUGCGCCUAGAAUAAACCCUGCCGUAAAAGACACCGGCAGGAAAUCAAAAGCACCGGAGGGAACCGAAAUAAUAGAUAAGAGUGAUUGCUUAGAUACGGCAAGGGAAACGUCAACACUUCGUGCUCCAUCAGCUCAUACGUCGCCUGUGCCGCCCGCAACGCCGCCCCAGGUCUUCCGGCCGGUACGCAAGUGCCGUUUGGAUAACCCCCCAAGCUAUAAAGAGUAG